UUUUCAUUAAAGUUUUAUUUUUAAAUCUCGUCUCGUUCUCGUGAACCCAUUAUCGUGUCUCAUCUUGUGAUAUUAGUGUCUCGUCACACCCCUAAUUAAAAUGUAAUUGCUGGAGCUGUGAUGGUAUGUAGAUGUCUCCACUGAUACUGUACUUUGUAUAAAAGAACAUUUAUUAUAAUAAAAUAAUUAAAAAGCACCCGGGUUUCUUUGUGAAAGAGAACGUUAGCCAAUCUUAUCCUGAGCUCUCUGCCUCGUCAUCGACCCACUCAAUCUGUAAAACCCAAGGAUUUAUGUCUUUCGGUCCCUCGUCUGGAAAAAAGUAAUAUUAUCUAAAUAUGGAAAAAGUUAAGAGUCAGGACAAGAAUUCACUCUCUCUCAAGCAAAUUCAUUCCAAACUGCUGAAAUACACUGAGCUCAUAUAAUAAUUUUAUUUUAUUCACUAAACGUUUUGUUACAUUUCCAGGACAACUAAGAGGAAUUGAUAAUAUUUAAGGUGGAAGUGCUAGAAUGAUUUCCUGCUUUAGUAACAUUUAGUUAGAGUUGAUGAAAUUUGGAGCUGCUGCUCUGAAUCUGCUGGUGUAGAGCUUCUGCUGCUCUCUGGUUCUGCAGAUGAAGUUGGGCUUCGACCAGAUGCUAUGAUACGCCACCAUUUACUAAAUUGAUUUAGUAAACAAAUCAGUUAAGCCAUUGAUGUGGAGCUGCAGUCUUUCUGGGAUCUAGUGAGACCAGAAAAGAAUCAAGACUGUUUGUCUAAACAGUGGGCAGUCUUUAUAAAGGCAGUAAACAGGCGUCAGCCUGAUUAUUGCAAGUGGUAAAAUGUGGGCUACCUCUAGUGGCUGGAGGACCACCAGCACCCCCUUUACACUAAGGACUUAGAAGUGGGAAAAAUACUGAAACAUUUAUGAAAUGAAAUUAUUCUCCUGAACUUCAUCACCAACAACCAGGAUAUUUAACUAAGAGCAGUGUUAAACUGCUAAAAGAGUUGAAGCACAAGCCGUCCUGAAGAGCCUCCAGAACACGCAGACAUUUUUUGAUACGUUUAACAGACAAAUGAAGCCAAGCCCCGACAUGGAGAAACAUCAGCACUCUGUCAAAAGUUUUACUAAACAGAGUGAUCUCAAAAUUCACCAGCGCAUUCACACAGGAGAGAAACCGUAUCACUGCUCAGACUGUGGGAAGAGUUUUACUAAACAGAGUAAUCUCAAAAUUCACCAGCGCAUUCACACAGGAGAGAAACCGUAUCACUGCUCAGACUGUGGGAAGACUUUUAAUCAACAGAGUAAUCUCAAACUGCACCAGCGCAUUCACACAGGAGAGAAACCAUAUUACUGCUCAGACUGUGGGAAGGGUUUUACUACACAGAGUGAUCUUAAAAAACACCAGCGCAUUCACACAGGAGAGAAACCGUAUUACUGCUCAGACUGUGGGAAGAGUUUUACUGAACAGGGUGCUCUCAAAAAACACCAGCGCAUUCACACAGGAGAGAAACCGUAUUACUGCUCAGACUGUGGGAAGAGUUUUACUGAACCGAGUAAUCUCAAAAAACACCAGCGCAUUCACACAGGAGAGAAACCGUAUUACUGCUCAGACUGUGGGAAGAGUUUUACUACACAGAGUGAUCUCAAAAAACACCAGCGCAUUCACACAGGAGAGAAACCGUAUUACUGCUCAGACUGUGGGAAGAGUUUUACUGAACAGGGUGCUCUCAAAAAACACCAGCGCAUUCACACAGGAGAGAAACCGUAUCACUGCUAAGACACUACACAGAGUGAUCUCAAAAAACACCAGCACAUUCACACAGGAGAGAAACCGUAUUACUGCUCAGACUGUGGGAAGAGUUUUACUGAACAGGGUGCUCUCAAAAAACACCAGCGCAUUCACACAGGAGAGAAACCGUAUCACUGCUAAGACUGUGGGGAGAGUUUUAAUCAACAGAGUAAACUCAAAAAACACCAGCGCAUUCACACAGGAGAGAAAUCUCCAUCCAUGCAAUUAAAAGUGUGAAUCGUAAGUCUUUCGGACAGAACACCUUAUCCUACACAAAUGUUUCACUUUGUCACACGUUCCACCAGAAACAAACAUGAACUGAAUUUAACAAUGGAUUUUACAGAUUCAGCAAAAUGAAUCUCAUCCAGCGAUCAUGUUUAUUGAAUUCCAUGUUAUUUUUUCUAAUAUGUUCGAUAUUCCAGGACAUUCUUUGUGAGACAGAGCUGAGCUUUUAGGGUAGUUACGGUAGGAGUUCAGUUCUGAAGAAUUGUAAAAAAUUAGUUUUUAAAAUUUAGAUGUCAUAGUGAGUAGAAUUCUUAGCUGGCAACUAAAUGUUUUGGACCAAACCUUCAGAGCUUAUGAUUUUAAUCCCCUUUCUAGUAUAUGCAGAUUUCAUUAUUUCUAUGAAUUUCUAGUAUCUCUGUUUUCACUCUGUGGAAGCCGUCCUCAGCUCCCCAAGCUUAGCAUAGCUUAGCUUAAUACUAUUAACCACUAGGCCCAUCUGCAUGAAAGAAGAAGUGAAAACACCAGCUGAGGAACUCCAGAGAGUGCUCCCAAAUGUGAGACCCAGAGCCGCAGAGAGACGACACUAUGCCGGGUACUGGCGUGUGGAGCGGAGGAGUAUCCAGACUCUGCAGAGAGGCCAACAAAUUCCUUUCCAGAGGUUAAAUUAAACGCUCCAUCUGUAGUUCCCAUACUGAAAUCAACCUCCUCCGGGCUUGUGUAGCGCAGUGAGGUUGUGGGCUCAUUCAUUCCCUCUGAUGGUGUUCUUCUUUGUCUAUGGUUCAGUCGUUCUGAUUAAAAAUCUGUUACCAUAAAGGGAUAUUUGGUUGUUGUGUUACUCAAGUUUUAUGCUCUCUUAUCUUUUUCUUAAUGAAUAUUAUAUGUUGCUUAAGGUUUUUAAUCUCCAAAAUGUACUAAGAAUAUCCAAAUCUUGUAGUUUCUUAAUUGUUUUUAUCCACUACAAACUAUUAUCUAUGUAUUGCUUCACCUCUAUAUUUACUCAUCUGUAUGUUUUAAUAAACGGCUUUUAUAUUGCA